CUCGCGGAACUUCCACUGGAUGAACUGAUUCGAAGGAAAGCAAACCUGGAGUCCGAUAUGGAUGUUGAAUUGAGGGAGUUACAGGCACGUUACCAAACCAAAAGACAGCCAAUUUUGGAUGCUAUUGAAGCGAAGAAAGCAAAAACGGCAGCGCAGUUGUGA